AUGCCCAACACAACAAAAUGCAGCGCCAGUCGCGCCCACCCAAUCCAGGUCCAUGACCACUGUCCUGAUCGACCGUACAUUGAGCUUCGCGUCCCCUCUGAUGCUAGAAGCGUCGAGGCUGUGACGUUCACGGCUGUUUCGCACGAUCAAGGCUGGGCAACUUCUCAGAAUGAAGUUUCAUUUACUUGGUUUGAAGCAUCAGUCCGACGCCCAGGCGGUCGCUCGAAUUUGCGGAGCAUGACCGUUAUGCAUAACCGGCUUGCAGACCCUGAGUUCCAUCAACACACAAGCCGCUGGUCAGCCGAAAGUGGCCUACUUCAACGCUCAUGGGUUCAGGCCCUUCAGCAAGGCGAUAUAAUACAGCUCAUACCAAAGGCCAGAUACCCAUGCUGGGUCAACAUCGUGAAAGAAUGUCGCAUUGAAAUCGAGUAUAAACAAGCCAGCGAAGAGCAGAAAAAGCAGCAACCGAAACCUUUUCCUGGUGCAGAUAGCUAUACACAUGCACUCUCCCUUACAACGAAGGAGAUACGCCUCUUGGUGGUUCAGCCCGCUAAAAACAUUACAGACAAGUUGGAUGUUUCAUGGAGCAUCUCUAACCUCGAUGAUAGAGAGACCAAAUACAGUGCUCUUUCAUACUACCGGGGAACGCCGCUAGAAACAGUUGAAAUUACGGUUUCAUCGGACCUUGAAAUAGACAAAAGAACCUUCGGCAUCAAUCCGACAGUUGACUCGGCACUGCGUCGGUUAAGAAGGAACGACCAAGUCUUGCAGAUAUGGAUCGAUGCUAUCUGCAUCAACCAGGAGAACUACGAAGAGAGGUCACGACAAGUUGAGUUGAAGCAAGAAAUAUUUGCACGUGCGGAGACAGUUCAUAUUUGGCUAGGUGAAGGACAUGACGGGGUCGAUUCUUGCUUAAGAAUUGCUCGGAAUAUCUACAACUACAACCUGAGAGGCUGCCCUGGAGGGAGAGACUGCAACUGUACUGGUACCCGUCACUCAUUGGCAAUCGGAGACGUGGACACGCUGGCUGAAUCGAAACGAACUCAAAGCGUUGAGCAUACCUUCCAUCACAUGGAUGAGAUUUUCAGACUCUUAGAGCCUAGCCUUUCCGAAGAUGUUGUGGAAUGGGCUGGCGGAUCAAAGGGAACUACUUUGGCGACUCUCAUGGUCGCUCUCAUCUCAAACCCAUGGUUCUCACAGGUCUGGGCUGUGCAAGAAGUCUUGCUCAGCCAACAAGCCUUUGUGCACAGCUCAAACGAAAGCAUCCCUUGGAUUGAGCUAAGGCAAACUAUUGAGUGGCUCGAGGAUCCAAACUUCACACACUGGCAUUUCGAUUAUCAUGUCCAGUCCCAAAUGGCAAUGCAAGCGAUUUGGAAGCGUCUGCGAACCAACAACGAGCUCCCGGAUAUCCUUGAGGUCUUCUUUAAUAGUCAUGAUCUCCGGGCUGGUGAUCCCAGGGAUAGACUCUUUGCACUUCUGGUCCUUGGGAAUGAAACACAUGCUGUCCAAAGCCUAGACAGGCUGAUCCAGCCCAACUAUAAUAAGUCAACCGAACAAGUCUUCGCCGAUUUUUCCAGAUGGUGGAUCAAGGAGAAGCGAUCGCUUGAUAUCUUAUCCGCCGUUCAUAGCCAACACGGGCGCACUUGGCGACAGACACUGUACGAAUCCGAUAAGGAUGACCAACUGAUGCAUCCUACCUGGGCAUUAGGUGCUACCGGCCGCUCCAAGUGGUCCAAAGCGUCAUUGUGCGCGCAGUUUGACUUUUGUUCCACCGGCAAGAAAGAACCUAAUGUUGAUUUGCUCGAAAGUGGUGACCCUCUAAAGCUUCUGCUCCGGGGCCGGCGGAUAUCCAGAAUAUCCUCUAUGGGGUACAUUCCGAUAGAGUACAUGUAUCCCUACGGAGAAGACUCACCGGUCCAGUCCGAAGCUUCGUCGAUAGUUGCAAAAAUAUUUGAUCCUUGCGGAUUUACUGGUUUCUGGGGGAUUGAGAUCAUAGUACAUGACGACGAAGACAGAAUGAAGAGGGCCAGGGCCGAAUAUGCAGACCACAAGAACGCACAUUGGAAAUAUUGUUCUCGACCGAAAUUGCCGAGCCUUUGUCCGACCGAGGCCGGAGGGUUCUGUACCUAUGAGACAGACAACCUUCCAACGUGCAUGGAGAAAUCAUUUUUCGUGACAGAAGAUGGCAUGUCUGGUCUCUGCCCUUGGAUGGCAAAAGAAGGAGAUUUCAUCGCUCUACUCGACGGAGGCAAAGUACCAUACUUGCUCCGACAAGUCACAGGUCCAAAUAUGGGAAAGGGGGAGGAGUUCCAACUUAUCGGGGAAUGUUACGUUGAGGGAGUGAUGCACGGUGAAUAUUUCGAAGACGGUCGAGACAUGACCGAUUCAGAAGUAUUGGCGAUAGUAUGA